ACCUCCGUGGGGCCCUUUCCAAGUUGAGUCCACACCAGCAAGUCCACCAAAAAGGGAGGGGACGUUUCCCCUACUCUCCUCCCCUCGGAACCUCCUGGAACCUCCUCAAGGUGCUCGCCCUUCAGCCAGCUCUUGAGGAAUUAUUCACAGCACUCCUCCCCCUGGGGCCCGCUCUCCCCACCCGAAAGGCAUCUCCAAAUCGUUCAUUUUAACCCAGGACUGAGUCACCCCUCCAAGGAGCUCUGGGUUCUAGCUCAGCCUUGUCACCACGUUGCUGUGUGGCUUUGGGAGAGACACCAGUGUCUCUGGACCUAGUUCCUUCCUUUGUGGAAGGAGGGGGUUGGAAAGGUGAUGAACUUGGCGGCAGCGCUGUUUUGAUUUUCUAGGGCUCCUGGGCCACAGUAGGAUGCCAGGUGAGGUGUUUGCUCACGCCAAGAGCAGGAUAAGGGCGGCCUGAAUCAAGACUGGGUUUAGAGCCUGGAGGCUUCUGAAAGUAGGAAAGGAUGGGAGGUGGCAAAAGCCUCUUGUGCCUUUAAAACGCCCCUGCUCUGGGGGGUGGGGAGGCGGGAUGCUGGCCUCAGCUGUGGCCCAAGCUAGAGAAAGCAUUCCACGCUUUCCCACCUCCAGCAGCUGGCACAUCUGGCUUAGUCACCCUCCGUGACGGUCUCUGCCAGACGGAUUUUUGUUCCUCCACCGGCCUGAAGGCGGAGGCGGAGAGGAUCCGGGACGGGAAGCCGCCUGGAGUGAGCGGCGGCACCGACCUUGCUCAGAAUAGGCCCAUUCACGGACUGGGGGAAGGGGCGGGGCUGCGGUUGGGUUAGGGGCGGCUGGCCCCCCUACCAAGAGACAGCAAUACCGGGGCGCGGGAGAGGGUAGAGAGCAGAGGGAGUGAAUGCAAAGAAAAGAGGUCCAGUGGCUCCUAGACACCAGGUUGCCAGGCAACUCAAAAGGAAGAAGGGGAACAAGGAGUCCCAGGUUCCUUUGCAGCUCCGCGGGCAGCCUUCUUGGGCCUCAUUUUCCCCAUCUGUACAAUGGGAGUCUUUCUCGUGUUGCUCGAAGGGCCUCGGGAGGGUAAACGCUCACCUGCUGCCCCCACAGGGUCCAUGGCCGCGUUCUGCUCCCUCACAGCCCUCCGGGUGCGCCCGUGCCGCCGCCCUCAGAACCCUGCGCGCGCCUGCUCCCCGGCCCUCAUGCCGGAUAUAGCCUACCCCCGCCUUAUCUCAAGGCCCCGGGCUCCCGGCCCGCUGUUUGCUCUGGGCAGGGGCACCUGCCGGGCAGAUGUGGGCUUCCCACGGCCACCGAGCCAACGAAGCCAGGCCCGGGAGGCGCCCCCUGGCGGCUUCUCCUGAGAGCUGGAGGGGAGUCAGGCACUAAGCCUGGAGUUCAAGUGCGCGGUGGGUUUUGGCCACGCAGUGCCCGCCCCUUACUCUCUCAACCGGAGCGCUCAGCGCUCCCGGAGGCCUGCGGUGGCGCGGUGUGUGGCUGAGUGUGUGAGCGUGUGUGUGUGUGUGUGUGUGUGUGUGUGUGUGUGAGUGUGCGUGCGUGAUUGUGCGUGUGAGCGCGCGUGUGUGUGAGCGAGAUUGUGUGUGUGUGCGCGCGCGUGUGAUUGUGUGUAUGAGUGUGUGAGUGUGUGUGUGAGCGUGUGUGUGUGUGAGCGUGUGUGUGUGUGGUGUGUGUGUGAAGGACAGCCACACAGAGGCGCCUUGUACAGGGAGGGGAAGGGGACCCGCGGGGGGAAUGGCUUCCUUCUGCAGAGGUUUUCCUCCCCGGGAAGCGAGGGCGUGGAACACGUCGCUACCAGUCCCCUGGGUGUAGGAUUGUCUCCCGGCGCAGCCACUUUCUUGUGAGACUGGGUUCCGGCGCUCAAAUUCUUUGAGCCUGUUUCCUAAUCUGUACAAUGGAACAGAAACAGCGUGUCUCAGAAUUGUUGAGAGGGCUACAUGCCACAAUGCGUGAGAAGCGGUUAACAUUGUGCCUGGCACAAGGAAUUCAGCAAUCUCACUGUAACGAAAAUUAAUUAUUGUGAAAAGAUACACGAAAGUAGAGAGAUUAGUAAAAUAAACCCAGGACCCUCCUACACCUCCAAGUGCCCCUCACCCAGAAUGAGGGUUCUGCAGAUACUAUUGUUUUGCCAUUUCCUUUCCUCCCUCCAGGCUCUGACACCCCGUUUCCUGUCCCCCAAGUGCCAUGAGGGGCCUCCCAUGCUCACCACUGCCCAUAUUGCUGCUCCUUCUCCAGCCCUGGGAAACCCAGCUCCAGUUCCAAGGUCCCAGGUGCCGCACUGGACCCCUGGACUUGGUGUUUGUGAUUGACAGCUCGCGCAGCGUGCGCCCCUUCGAGUUCGAGACCAUGCGGCAGUUCCUGGUGGGCCUCCUCCGCCGCUUGGACGUGGGGCCCAACGCCACGCGCGUCGGCGUGAUCCAGUAUUCGAGUCAAGUGCAGAGCGUCUUCCGGCUCGGAGCCUUCUCGCGCCGCGAGGACAUGGAGCGCGCCAUCCGCGCUUUGGUGCCCCUGGCGCAGGGCACCAUGACGGGGCUGGCCAUCCAAUACGCCAUGAAUGUGGCCUUCAGCGUGGCCGAAGGCGCGCGCCCGCUGGAGGCGCGCGUGCCGCGAGUCGCUGUGAUCGUGACCGACGGGCGGCCCCAGGAUCGGGUGGCGGAGGUGGCGGCGCAGGCGCGCGCCCGCGGCAUCGAGAUCUAUGCGGUGGGGGUGCAGCGCGCCGACGUGGGCUCCCUGCGCGCCAUGGCCUCGCCCCCUCUGGACGAGCACGUCUUCCUGGUUGAGUCCUUCGACCUGAUCCAGGAGUUUGGCCUGCAGUUCCAGGGCCGGCUGUGUGGAAAGAACCUGUGUGCUGAGGGGGGACACGGCUGCCAGCACCAAUGUGUCAGCUCCCCUGGCACCUUCUACUGCACCUGCAACCCCGGCUACCAGCUAGCUGCAGAUCACAAGGGCUGUUUGGUCAUUGAUCACUGCAGCUUUGGGAACCACAGCUGCCAGCAUGAGUGUGUUAGCACCCUUGGUGGGCCAAGGUGCCGCUGCAGAGAAGGCCACGAGUUGCUACCUGAUGGGAGGAGCUGUCAUGCUCGGGACCUUUGCAAUGGCAUAGACCAUGGGUGUGAGUUCCAGUGUGUGAGUGACGGCCUCACCUACCGCUGCCUGUGCCCUGAUGGACGGCAACUCCAGGCAGAUGGCAAGAGCUGCAACCGGUGCCGGGAGGGCCACGUGGAUCUGGUUCUGCUGGUCGAUGGCUCCAAGAGCGUGCGCCCUCAGAACUUCGAGCUGGUGAAGCGUUUUGUGAACCAGAUCGUGGACUUCCUGGACGUGUCCCCCGAGGGCACGCGCGUGGGGAUGGUGCAGUUCUCCAGCCGAGUGCGCACAGAGUUCCCUCUGGGCCGCUAUGGCACCACGGCCGAGGUGAAGCAGGCGGUCCUGGCUGUGGAGUACAUGGAGCGCGGUACCAUGACUGGGCUGGCGCUGCGCCACAUGGUGGAACACAGCUUCUCCGAGGCCCAGGGCGCACGGCCCCGCGUCCUCAAUGUACCUCGCGUGGGCCUGGUCUUCACCGAUGGCCGCUCCCAGGAUGACAUCUCAGUGUGGGCUGCGCGCGCCAAGGAGGAAGGCAUCGUCAUGUACGCCGUGGGCGUGGGCAAGGCGGUGGAGGAGGAGCUGCGCCAGAUCGCCUCCGAGCCCGCAGAGCUGCACGUGUCCUACUCCCCUGACUUCAGCACCAUGACGCACCUGCUGGAGAACCUCAAAGGCAGCAUCUGCCCGGAUGAUGCUGAUGCUUCCUGUCCCGGGACACUUGGAGAACCGCUGGUCUAGUUGAAAUACUCUGUCAGGUAUUUACUGUGUCAGGCAGUGCUCUGGAUCUGCGCUCCCAAUAAGGUAGCCACCAGGGACAUGUGCCCACUUAAUUUAAAUUAAUUACAAUUAAAGUAAAAAAUUAGUUCUGUAGUCACACAAAGCCAUAUUUCAGGUGUUAAAUAGCCACACGUGGCUUGUGGCCACCACACAGGACAGGGCAGAUAUGGAACAUGUCAUCACUGCAUAAAGUUUCACUUGGAGAGUGCGGCUGUGAACUCUUGCCACUAUUUUAUUUUAACAAGAUCUCCGGGUGAUUCUGAGCAUCGAGUUUUGAGAAACACUCUUCUAAGGUGUGUAUACACACACACAAAUGAUAGAAUCCUCAGUACCAGCCAAUGAAUAGAUUUCCUCGUAUCCUUUUUUACAGAUGGGGAAACGAGGCUUAGAAAGGUUGAGUGAGGUUUCCAAUAUCUCACAGCUACUAGUAUGUAGCUGGACUCAUCCCAGGUCUGUUUGAACCCAAGGCCCAUACACUCAACCACAGGCUGGGUGGAGGCAGAGCACAGGGCCUUGGCCAGGGACCCCUGGUCCUGCAGAUUCUCAUUCCCCUGACUCUCUGUCCCUGGCUGGCAGAGGAGGGCAUCAGCGCCGGGACAGAGCUUCGGAGUCCCUGUGAGUGCGAAAGCCUCGUGGAGUUCCAGGGCCGCACGCUGGGGGCGCUCGAGAGUCUCACUCAGAACCAUAUCCUUUGAGUUG